UCUUGACUUGUUACAUAUUUAGUUGAUUUGGUGAAGAUGAGUGAAUUGGAUGGCUUAGAUUCUGAGAGUUUUCUUUCAGAGUCUUCAGUGUCAUCAGAGAAUGUGACUGAGGUCGUAGAAUCAGUCCAUUCACUUCAAACUGACAAUAAUUUACUCAGUUUUUCAGAGAAAAAUGACGUCAAUUUGGGUCAAACCAGCCGUUAUGAACUGAAUCCCUUCCAUUUAUCCUCGGACCAGAGGCUUAAGAGAGGCACGAUUCAUGCGAUUGAAUUACAUAACUUUAAAAGUUAUUUUGGCACUGUGUUAAUAGAUAAAUUUGCUUCAUUUAAUGCCAUUAUUGGCCCUAACGGCUCAGGCAAAUCUAAUCUUAUGGACGCAAUAUCAUUUGUACUAUGCAUCAGGACGAGUACACUGAGGGGUAAUAAUCUGAGGGAUUUAAUAAAUAAAGUACCAGAUCCUUCAGAUCCACUGGAGAACAGAUUUGCCUAUGUAGCACUAACACUUAAAGGUGAUACCGAUUUCUCAACCUUCAAACGACUCAUUAAUCACAACGGACAUAUCUCAUACAUUUACAAUAACAAUGUGAUAACGUUUAAGGGAUAUACUGAGGCGUUACAUGAGUAUAAAAUUAAUACGUUGGGAUCUACAGGAUUAAUAUUUCAAGGUUCCGUAAAUGAUAUCAUCUCAAGAUCACCCUCAGAACUCACUAAACUAUUCGAAAACAUUUCUGGAUCAAUAUUGUAUGAGAAGCCGUAUAAUUAUAUGAGGGAUAAGAUUGCGAAGAUGAGAAUGGAAUAUAAGAACUUAUUGUUAAAGAAAAAGAACUUAAAUAACGAAUUAAAACAAUUUAAAACCAUGGACUCGACCAACAAGAAAUACCACAAACUUCUACAAAACCAUAAUGAGAUAAUGGUGAAGAAGAAUCUGUGCGAAUUUCAAAUUUUAGAACAUAAAUUCAAAUCCCACACCAACAAAUACUUCACACUUCUCAACGAGUAUAAGGAGGUGGUGAAGAGAUGGGAUGAGAGUAAUGGUAUGAAAAAUGAGUUAGAGGAGAAGCUGGCCAAUUUAUAUUACGAGCAGGGGAAAUUGAAUAGACAAAUACAGCAGAAGACACAAACACUCAACAGCUUACGCAACUCCAUGAUGGACUUUUUUUCCAAUAAAAUUACUCUGGAAAAUAAAAUUGACACACUAAACUCAGUCAUCACCUCCACCACUGAGGAUCAAACACUAUUACACACUCAGUCUCAGGAGUUAAAAAUAGCUAAAAGUGAACUUGAGAAGGAAAUUGAAUCACUAAACACAGAGCUAAAGAGCUGUGAGAAGGAUACAUUCACACUCUCAUCCGCACAGAUGACAGAGUUUAAUCGAUACCUGAAGGAAUUUAACACAUUGACUUCGGAUAACAAGAUUAAUAUUAAAAUUAUUCAAAAUAAUAUUAACCAAUUUACAACACAGUUGAAAUCCAUAAAGAGUAAGUUGAAGGGAAUGAGAUCACAGGAGGAGCAAGUAGUUGGCAAUUUAACAAAAUACACAGGAUUAAUCGAGGAAACAGAAUCCAAAAUGAGAGAUUUCAGAUCAUCACUAGAACAACUUCAAACACACAUGACCCAGUUAAAAGUUAGGAAGGAGAAGUUACAUACUCAAAACUGUGAAUUACAGGAUAAAAAAGAUAAUUAUACACAAAUGUUAACAUCAUUGAGUGUGUUGAAACAUGAGUAUAAUUAUAUGUUCAAGAGGAGUGUGCUGAAUAAUGAGAUGGCAAAGACAGUCCCCGGAGUGUUGGGGGAGGUAAUAUCUUUGUUUGAGUUAACGAAUGAAGCGUAUUCAACAGCUGUAAUGGCGUCGUUGGGCUUCAGAGCACAUGCAAUUGUGACUAGAGACUAUCAAACGAUUGCAAAAUGUAUUGAAUUUCUGAAGGAAAAAAAGGCUGAAAAAAGAGAUUUCAUCUCACUGCAACAACUUAAAUCUGAUAAAUCCACAACUCGCCAACACCUGUCACAUUUAUUGAGAAGGUUCAAUAAGUUAAAUUACGCAUUUGCAAUUGAUUUAAUUGAGCCAAAUGGUGACUCAGUGAGUAAUUUGUUUGAAUAUUUGCUGGGUGACACUGUGAUUGUGGACAACUUAGACGAGGCUGAACGGGUUGUUAAUUUGAGACAUGGUAGGGAUGGAGUAAAUUUACAGUUUAAUGUGGUGACUUUGAAAGGUCAAAUGAUAACAAGGAAUCGGACAAUAGUAGUUGGAUCAACACUAAGUACUAAAAAGAGUGAAAUGGAACUAGAGCUUAACAAAUACAAUAAAUUCAACGCACUUUUGAUUGAGGUUGAGAAGGAGUUACGGGAUAAUUCAGAUGAGACCAAGAGAAUUGAGACUGAACUCUCAAGUGGUACUGACAAGAUUGAAAGGUUCAAGAGAAAUUUACAACUAUUAUUAACCAAAUUGGAAUAUUUGAGAAAACAUAAAGAAUCGCUAGACUCACAGAGAAAUGAAUUGUCAGCCGAGUCCGACAAGUUGAUGACACAGUUGAAAUCUCUAGAGCAAACUUUACAAGAGUUGGAAAACAAACUAUCAUUAGAAAACGAACAAUUGGAUAAACUUAAGAAUGAACAUUUUGCACCUUUGAACACUAAGUUUGAGGUGUCAGAUGUGUAUGAAAUGGUAAUGUCGAGAGAUGACAAGGUGAAUAAUUUACAUAAUAACUUAAUGGGUAAAAAAAUGACAUUGAGUAGAUAUGAGACCGAUUUACUCGAAUUAGAGCGUAAAAUUGAAAGUAUAAACGGAAGAUUAUCAGACUUAAACGCACAGUUGACAGAUGUUAAGACCCAAUUACUCACGUUGAAGGAGGAUAAUUUAUCUUCAUGUGAUGGAAUUGAAACUGUACAAUCUGAAAUCACAUCACUCAAACAAUUAUUACAAGGUUACACCACUGAUAUUAACCUUUACACUGAACAACUAAAUAACAUAACUACUACAGAUGACAAGUAUGAUGUAAUGGAGGAGAUUAAUGGGUUGAAAGAGGAAAUUUAUCAAUUUCAUAGUCAGGCUAUGGCGUUGACGGAGUUUUGUAAAGUGCAUAAUCUACCCUUGAGAUUUUCAAUCACACCGAAAUCUCAGUCAGAAUCUCUAAAUUUAGAAGAGGAAAUGGAACAAAUUGUUCUAGGAUUUCCAAUACUGUCCAACGCCCACGAGUUUAGCAUAUCGAGCACGUCAGACUUGGAAUCGGAGUAUAAAUUAUUAUGUGAGACCCUCGUGAGUUUGAAGAAAUCACUCUCUAACCUCCGCUCGUACGGCGAUUUGGAAGAUAAAAUUGAAUCAACAACCGAGGAAAUAUCAUCCGUUGAUAAGGAAACUGAAACACUGAAGACACAAUUAGUCAAACUCGAAUCAGAUUUCAACAAGAUCAAACAUGAGAGAUCAGGCUUAUUUCUCCACUGUUUCGAAACCGUAAGGGAAAAUUUAGGCCCAAUUUACAGAAAAUUAUCACAAAAUGAAGAAGGCGCUGAAGGACAAGCCUUCCUAACUCUAGACGAUUUUCCCACAACUUCCACCACACCAACUAAUUCAGUUAAUACAUUUAAUAGUACAAUUGAUGGCACACUGAAUAAUAAUGGGAGCAAUACGGUGAAUAGUUUGGUUGAUUUGGAACCGUUUAAUAGAAGUAUAAGAUAUAAUACGAUACCUCCGAUGAAAAAAUACUUGAGCAUAAAUUUACAAAGUGGCGGUGAAAAGGCUUUGUCAUCUAUAGCUUUAUUGCUUUCAUUACAUAUUUAUAGAAAUUCGCCGUUUGUAGUUUUGGAUGAAAUUGACGCCAACAUUGACUCUGUGAAGCUGAACAAUCUAACCAAGUUCCUAAUGGAAAGCACAUUUCAAGUUAUCAUCAUCUCACUCAAGGAUAAAUUAUUCUCAAAAGCUCAAAGAUUAAUUGGAGUCUACAGGUCACACCCCCUGUGCACUUCCAAAUGCCUAGUACUCAAUCUAGAAAAUUAUCCCCCAGAUGAAUAAUUUUACUACACAUCUACUCGCUUAUACUUCAUGUUUGUUUUACCCGUAGUCAGGUCAUAUUCAGGUCAUAGUACUAUUUAAUGUUCUAACACUAUUUAAUGUUCUAACACUAUUUA